CCCGCUAUGGGAGCGGGGAGCCGAGGGAGCGGGCGGCCGCGGGUGCCCGGCGCCGCCGCAGUCGGGGGGGAGCGGGCGGCGACAGCACCCAAAGGGGGACCGCUGAGGGGAGAGCUGGCGCUGGGAAGGGGGAGGGAGGUGCUGGGAGGGAAGAGGAGGGCAGGGAAGAGCUGAAAGUCCGGGUAUGGCGGAGCCCCUGAGCCCCUGCGCCCCUCGGGGCCAGUGUCAAGCCAGCAUGGGCGCCAAUGCCUCGUCGUCCAACAUGGACGCCGACACCUCCUCAGCUGCCUUCGCACUGGUGGGUGGCAGCUCGUGGAGGGGCAGGGAGCCCUUCUCCAUCUUCACUGUCCUCAUCCUGACCUUGCUGGUGCUCCUGACCAUCGCCACCUUCCUCUGGAACCUGCUGGUGCUGGCGACCAUCCUGCGGGUGAAGGCUUUCCACAGGGUGCCCCACAACCUUGUGGCCUCCACGGCGGUGUCGGACGUGCUGGUGGCGGCCCUGGUGAUGCCGCUGAGCUUGGUGAAGGAGCUGUCAGCCGGGCGGCGGUGGUGGCUGGGCCGGGAGCUGUGCCUCGUGUGGGUCUGCUUCGACGUGCUGUGCUGCACGGCCAGCAUCUGGAACGUGACCGCCAUUGCCCUGGACCGCUACUGGUCCAUCACCCGCCACCUGGAGUACACGCUGCUCACUCGCCGCCGCAUCUCCAACGUCAUGAUUGCUCUCACCUGGGCGCUCUCAGCUGCCAUCUCCCUCGCCCCCCUCUUUGGCUGGGGGGAGAGCUACAGCCCCGAGCAGGAGCGCUGCCAGGUCAGCCAGGAGCCCUCCUACACCAUCGUCUCCACCGGUGGGGCUUUCUACCUGCCCCUCUGCGUGGUCCUCUUCGUCUACUGGAAGAUCUACAAGGCGGCCAAGUUCCGCAUCGGGGGCCGCAGGAGGAAUGCCGUGGUGCCCCUGCCCGAGGCUGCCCAGGUGAAGGAAGCUUCGCAAGAACCACAGAUGGUGUUUACAGCUCGUCAUGCAGCUAUCACUUUCCAGACAGAUGGAGAAACAUGGAGGGAACAGAAAGAGAAAAAGGCAGCUCUGAUGGUUGGCAUCUUAAUUGGCGUUUUUGUGCUGUGCUGGAUCCCUUUCUUCAUCACAGAAUUAAUAAGUCCCCUCUGUUCCUGCAACAUCCCACCCGUCUGGAAAAGCAUCUUUCUUUGGCUUGGCUACUCCAAUUCUUUCUUUAAUCCUCUCAUUUAUACAGCAUUUAACAAAAAUUACAACAAUGCCUUCAAGAACCUUUUUGUAAAGCAGAGAUAAAAGGGGACACGGAGGAGAAAGUGAUUCCUUUAUUGCAUAAUGCAGAGAUUUCUCGAAGGAGAUGUGCCUGUGAUACAUACAGUUUUCAAGCACAAGAGCUUAAGGGGAUUUAGCAACAGUGAAGAAGAAGCUGGAAGAUGGUUGGAUAGAAACCUACUGACACUUUGCAGUUGUCUUUUGGAAAUACGUAUAUGCUGCUCCAGGGUUUGGCAAAGAAAGAAGCGGUGAACAUCUCCCUUCUUUUCUUUGAAGCAACGUGGGCUAAAGUCUGCAAGCAAAGCGCUGUUUGUGUCUAAUACCGUGACCGCCAAAGCCAACCAGAGUGAUCCCAGCCAGGCAAACACAGGUGCCGUCCUGCAGCCUGCUCAUCUUAGCAAAGGCACCAAGGAGACUGCUAAGGGAGCAACACUGAAAUGUUUGAGAUGCGGGCAGGAUGCUGGCUUCAUUCUUGAGAUUUGUUUGGAAUGGAGGGAAUAAACAU